UACCACACAACAUUCGCAAUGGUCAUGGAGGGAAAUCGCGAUGAGAGCAUUAAAUGUAUCAAAAUAGCCCAGAAAUGUAUCGCUGCCGGUGACAGAGAAAAGGCUAUUAAAUUCCUAAAUAAAGCACAGAGAUUAUUUCCUUCACAAAGAGCGAAAGAUAUUCUAUACCGACUUCAGAAUCCAUCUGACGACAGUGCAACAUCAUCCUCAUCAUCGUCGACAGAAUCCACAGAGCCCACAAAUACAAAAGAAAGACAACGCCGGCAGUCCAACGGACCAACCCCCACCACAAGACAGAGACACACAUCGGGUUCUAGGGAGAGCAAGGCAGAUAGUAAAGCAGAGACAAACGGUGGUGUCAAACAUGAUUAUACGGAAGAACAGCUCAAGGGUGUAAAUAGAAUAAAGAAAUGUAAAAACUUCUAUGAAAUCCUCGGAGUAGCCAAAGAUGCAAGCGAGACGGAUGUCAAGAAAGCAUACAGGAAGUUAGCGUUGCUUUUUCACCCGGACAAGAACCAUGCCCCAGGAGCAGGGGAGGCGUUUAAAGCUAUUGGAAAAGCCUUUGCCGUGUUGAAUGAUUCAGACAAACGGAAGAGAUAUGACCUCUACGGGGAUGACACGAACGAGGUCAGCAAUUCCAGGAGCCAACAUCGGCACACCCAUCGUCACCACCAUGGGGGCUUCUACUACGAGACAAGGGGAUUUGAUGAUGAGGAAUUUUCACCGGAGGAUCUAUUUAACAUGUUCUUCGGAGGGGGUUUCCCUCAGGGGAAUGUAGCCAGACACAGGAGGCAGAACCGCCCACGUCAGGACAACAACUCAAGAGAAGAGGCGCGGUACACGUUUCUGCUUCAGUUGUUACCCAUCCUCAUGCUUGUAGUCAUCUCCCUUCUAUCAACUGCAUUUAUUCAAGAAUCUCCGUACAGUCUUUCAAAGAAAGCAGGAUAUACAAUUGAAAGAUCGACACAUGAAUUAAAGAUAAAGUAUUACGUUAAGAAUACAUUUAGUAAGGAGUAUUCUGGUCGGAUAAAUCUAGUGGAGCAACGAGUGGAAGCAGAGCACAUGGAUAAUUUAAGAAGUAAUUGUUACCGAGAAAGAUUGAACAAAGAGGCAGCAAUGCAGAGAGCCCGCUAUUUCGGAGAUAAAAAAAUGUACGAGAAAGCCCACAAGAUGGUUUUACGGACUUGCGAUCAGUUGGAUGAAAUCAGAAGAUUAUCGUGAGGUACCAGGGGAUUGUAGUUUGGGGGGGAUUUUUUUUCUUGUAAAAUUUUUUUUUUUUU